GCUGACCUACAAAGGCGCGGCAGCAUGGCUGCCUGCAGCUAAAAUCGCCUCCCCGGGGAAUGCGCGCUUGUUUCCCUGUCCGGGAGGGCAGGAGAGGAGAGACAGGUGCAGGGGGUGUGUUUGUUCUCGGUUCAGUUUCAGGUCGCAAGCCCUCCUCCCCGCUGAGUAAUGUGUGACUUUCACUGGAACUGAGCAGAGCUCUUUCCUGAGAGAAUCCGUCCCACUCCUACCCGACAAAUCCAGGGUCUAAAACUGAAACCUGUGCCUGCUAUGCUCCUCCAAGGCUGCAUCCAUUGCAACAGAAAGGAAUAAAACAAUUCCCUGGAAAUCAGAACGUGACAUCAUUGUACUUGUGCAUGAGGAGGGGAAAGUGAAACUGACCAGCCAACUUACUUUUAUUGUCCAAACUUGAGUGUGAUUAAAAAAAGGAGAAGUCAUAAUAUCCACUUAUCCCAAUGAAAAUGGCCUUUAGCAAUUUGACAUCAAAAGCUGCACUGCUUUAUGAUGGAUGGAUUAAACAUGCCGAUCCAAGAGUGGAAGGUUUCCUACUCAUGUCUUCACCUGUGCCACAGACUAUUAUCAUUGGAGCCUAUAUUUAUUUUGUCACUUCUUUGGGACCAAAACUCAUGGAAAACCGAAAACCUUUUGAACUCAGGCAGAUAAUGGCAUUUUACAAUUUUGGUGUGGUAGCCCUUUCAGUGUAUAUGACUUAUGAAUUUCUUAUGUCUGGUUGGGCCACAGGUUAUUCGUUUCGAUGUGACCUUGUUGACUACUCCAGGUCACCUACAGCUCUGAGAAUGGUUCGGACUUGUUGGCUGUACUACUUCUCCAAAUUCAUUGAAUUAUUAGACACUAUCUUUUUUGUUCUGCGAAAGAAAGAGGGCCAGAUUACAUUCCUGCAUGUCUUGCAUCACUCAAUCAUGCCAUGGACCUGGUGGUUCGGAGUCAAAUUUGCUGCAGGUGGGUUAGGAACAUUCCAUGCUCUGUUAAACUGCAUUGUGCACGUCAUCAUGUACAGCUACUAUGGGCUCUGUUCAUUGGGACCAGCCUAUUAUAAAUACUUGUGGUGGAAAAAACACAUGACCUCUAUACAGCUUGUUCAGUUUCUUAUGGUUACAGUUCACAUAGGACAAAUCUACUUUAUGGAUGAUUGUCCAUAUCAGUAUCCAGUUUUCAUAUUCGUUAUUUGGCUCUAUGGUUCUAUGUUUUUAAUCCUGUUUCUCCACUUCUGGUAUCAUGCUUACACCAGGGGACAGAGACCACCAAAGACUAUGAAAAACGGAAUCAGCAAAAGCAAAGAUCACUGAAGCAAUGUCUCAUCUAUAUAAAUGUGUACAUCUCAGAUCAGUAAUUUGUACUACUUGACAAUCAAGAUAUUUAGGUGCGCACUACACUGUGUACAUUUUACAUGUUUUUCCAAAACAGAGCUUGUAUUUUUACAAUAAGUUAUUUGGGUUUCUGAUGUUGGGGGGAGGGGUAAUUUUCUGAUUAAAGAUUUGCAGGUUUUCAGUGACUUGCUGCACAUAUCUAGAGAAAUUUUCUCUUUGUGCCUAGAAGAAAUGACUAUUUAAUUGCAUUCUUACAGGUGAGAUGCAUAUAAAUAAAAAUCUUCUUUAAGAAAAAUGUGUAUGAUAAGUACAGAAUACUUUGAGCACUACAAAAAGGUAUAAAGAGCAUUCAUUUUAACUGAAAUCAUAAACUGUUGAAAUUGUAGUUUAAUUUUGUUGAGAUAACCAUGAAAAAAUCAUUGUUACAUGCAUAAUUUAUAGACUAAAACACAUUGUUAAUAUAGUUAAUACCUGUAAACAUUCAUAUUUUUUGUACAAAAUGUACCAUAUUAAAUAAUGUAAGUUAAAUAAAACCAUGGCAGAUUAGUGUGUUUAAAACACAAAGAUGGAUUUUUGAAUUAUAAAGUCUUUUACUAAAAUGAUUUAAGUUAAUGUUUUUUACUUAAUUGAACAUUAUAAUCACAAAAACUCUUUUGAUUUAACAUCGUCAAAAAAAGUGAUUUGAUUCAUUGAAGUAGAAUAACAAUCUUACAUCAUACUAUUCAAAAUUGUCUGUAGCUGUAUUUUGAUAUCAGCAAACAGGAAUGUUUACUGGAAAAAAUAUCACGCAAUUCAACAACCAAAACCGUAUUACAUUUUAAGAAUAGGUUUUGUGUAAAAAUACAAAUGGCAGUUUCAUUAUUUUGCUGUAUUCUUUCUCCUUUCCACUGCCUGUGGAAAUGAACGGUGCCUAAUGAGAAAUUGUUUUGUAAAAUUCAUGGCUAAGUUUCUCUGUUAAUAGCAGAAGUGCCUUGUUUUUGCCAUGUGGUACUAAAUGAACUGUUCAAAGAGACUGCAAACUACACAGAUUUAUGGAGAGGGAGAAGGGGCAGAUAAAGGUGUACUAGUUAACUCCAGACUAUGCAGAAUGAACUGAUAAGGGACUGGUCAGAGGGACAUGUCAGCUGGCUUAGUAGCAAUUUAUAGGACCUAGAGCUAUAUGCAGAUAGUAUCUCUCUGCUUCUGUGAAAUGGUCAAAGAAUGACUGUAUUAUGCAGAACUAAGCUAAAAUAUAUUCUGCCUUGAGAUGCACACAAUACAGCAUUGAUUGAUUUUGUUUUUGUGAUAACUCACUAGUGAUGGGCUGAAAUCUAUCUUGUACUCAGUUCUGAUCUGCUGGAGUUGUGAUGUUCUCUAAAAUGUGUCUUCUGACCCACCCCUUUUUGUAUUUGUGGUUGAAGAACUCCAAAAAGGCAUGUUUUGUUGUUAUAUGUACAGGAUUACCAGAAUAGUGUUGCAAGUGACUUCUUAUAAAAUAACAAUCUGAGUCUUCCUUACUGAACUAAUAAACACAGAUUUGCUUCUUGUUUUUCCACCUUGUUAAAUGUUAAAGUGGCAUAUGGGGACGUGGUUGCUGUUUGAAGACUAUUAGACAUAUAUUUCUAAUACUGUUUUCUUGUAACAAAAUAGAUCACACUGCUGCAAUGCUUAGUUUGAAUUUCUUCUUUAAUUUUCUUAAUCUGUGUUUAAGACUUAAUACCCCCCAAUGAGCUGUCUUUUGAUAACAUGAUUAAAGAACUAAGAUUUAUACCUAUCAUCUUCCAGCAUAUAAUGAUUAAUAUCUUAAAUGAGUGUUUUAUAACUCAUAUUUCCAAACUUGCUGGGUGAGUGAAGUUUGAUUUUUACUGUUUUGGUGGAUUUCUUUUUUAGAUGAAUUGGCAAACAAAUCUUGGAGAAGACCAAGAUACACCCUUGUGCUAGCAUUGCCCAUCUUUCUAUGAGAGUAAUGUAUGUACAAUCACUAUUUACAUGGAAUACCAGGUUUCCAAAAAUUACUCCUCAUGCCUGGUAAUUUCUAGAAAACAUUUUCAGGAGGUGAUGGAGGUAGGGAAAGGGAAAUGAAACUACAUUUUCCUUCUGUGUAGGUGGGCUGAGGAGAGGCUGCUACUGCUUAGUUUUCUUACAGUAAAAGCACUGCUGUUCUAACAGACCUCUGAAGAGCAAACAUUCUCUACUUCAGUAAUUCCUUAUCCACAUACUAGAUUAUUUUUCCACAUCUUAUGUGGCCAGGCCAGACUUUUGUAGUCAGCCCUCUUUUGCCCCAUGAAUCCUUAUUUAACCAGCAAACAAAAGAAUAGGUAAACAUCCAGAAAUAGGUCAGCAACACUCUUUAAUUAAAACAAUUCUAUACAUCACUA